GUGUAGCCCUGGCUGUCCUGGAACUCACUUUGUAGACCAAGCUGGCCUCGAACUCAGAAAUCUGCCUGCCUCUGCCUCCCGAGUGCUGGGAUUAAAGGCGUAUGCCACCACGCCCGGCUAAAACACUAGUAGCCUUCCUUGCUUCUAUUUUACCCUCUUGACUUGAAAACUACGUCAUCUCUAGUUUUCGUGGAGCGAUGCUUGGUAACUGCUGGACAGGGGAGGAUGAGAAUGGUACGUGUCCCAGACACACCCAGAUGGUCACUCGAAUGACCCUCAUCCCAGGCUCUCGCGUUCAGCCUGAGAGCCCACCAGAAUAACUACCCCUACCCUUGGUCCCUGGUGGCGAUGGUGGAACUGGCCUCUCCGGUUUCUGGUAAUUUCAUCAGGGCCGCAUCAUGUUGCUAAGACUCAAGAUAACAUCUCCCUGUGUGAUAACCCUUCCUUGCCAGCGCUCCUGUGUAGCCUAUAGGGUGUAGGGUGAACUUAGGCUGACGGGGGUCUUUAGGGCAGAAGGUAAUGGGGUGAGAUGUUGGCAGAGUAUACAUGAACAGUGCCAUUUGUCCCUUGUACCCCUGUGCAAAGAAGGAAGGGGCAGGAGCUGGGACCACAGGACAGGCUGCUGCAGACCACAGGCUCUGUUGACGCGUCCAACUGGGUUUACUGACAAGCCUACAAGCCUGAAUGCAGGCAGGUAUCCCUUGAGGGCCUGGAGAGUCAGUCCACCUUAACAGGGCUGUCCUAGGUGAGCUGCUUGCAAUGCCAUCUGUAUGCCUGCCCAGCAGCUCAGGCUGGGUGUGGGGCAUGUAUAGCUGCCACGCAGAGCAGGCUCUUCACAGCUGAUCUGUAGUCCUCGCCAUGCUCCUGGGCACUCUGGAGGCUGGCGGGCCCCUCUGGGGCUGGGAUGGUGAUGACGGAGAUGAUGACUGGGAGGCGGUUGUACUCACCUUGCUGGCACUAGCGGUGGUAGCCACCUUAGCACUGGCUUUGCACUGGUUUGGCUCCAGGGAGGAGCAGGAGACAGCAUCUGCAGCCCCAGGUGUGCAACCUGCUCAGGCAGGAGGAGCCAGGCAGGCCCUGCACCCAAAGCCCAAGGACAGUGAGGGGCAGAGCAAGGGACAGCAGACACCAGAGGCUCCUGGAGAUGUCCAGAGGAGGUCUGCUGCAGCUAGGACCCAGGACCCAGGGCCAUCGAUAGACAGAAGUAUGGCUUCAGAUGCCCGGCUGCUGCACAAGACAACUGGAGAGGUGACCACCAGAGGGGCCACCCUAGCAGCCCUGGGAAAGAAAAGAAAGGAGCCAGCCAAGCCAGAAACUUUCUCCCCAGGACACCGCAAAGCAAAGGAUAUUCCUGUCCCCAUCAUGAUCCACUUUACCCCUCGAAGUCUCGACAGCAAAAUAGAGAUGCAGCUGGAGGCAUCUGGAACCUAUGGUAAGGGGACAGCUGGGCUAGGCCCUAUCCAUACGGAGCAACAGGACACCACCAGCCCCUGGCACCUGCCUGUGGGGCCUCUUGGCCCUCUGGGGAGAGGCCUAGGCAGCUUGCGCCGGCGCCGGCGGCCUGGUGCCAGCUCAGGAGACAGACCCUGCCGUCCUCUAAAGCUGGAUCCUCUCCGCCUGGGCACCGUGGUGAGUGUGUGGGAUGCUGUGGACAUGGCCGGUUCCGCCGGCCAAGACAAUCUCACCAGCAGUCUCUCUGCAGGCCCCUCGUUGCACCACGCAGACAAGGGGCUCAAGGCUCCUCAGGAGAUGGGCCUAGCUGAUGCCGUGGACAGCCGGCCUCAGGCAGACUCCUUCAAGGAUGUGUGUGGGAGAAGCAGCCUCCGUCUCCCGCCCACCAGCACUGCAGGGUCAGGGGCUAAGGGUGCUGAGAGCAAGGAGACUGGAUCCCCCUCCCCUAGGGAGACUCGGAGCAUCCUGGCUAGUAAGGAAGCCAGGUCCCGGGAGGGUGGGGCAGGGGUUGUCACCAGCAACGUCAGCCCCUCCCAAGGUGCCUUACCAGAAGAGCUGCACUCUGAGGCUUGUACAGUGGACCAAGUGGCUGGCCAGAGCAAGAUGGAGAAACUAGGAGAGGGCCACCUCAAUGGGAAAGGGAGAGGGUCGUGCCAAGGCAAGGAAAGUAAGGACGUAGCUGGCAGGCCAGCUGCAGAGCAGAGCUUUGCGCCUAUCAUGGAUACAAGGAAGUCCACACACGGGCUCAGCAGCACCCCCUCUGACACCCUUCCAGCCUCUGCUCCCACCCGGGACACUGAGCUGGUCCCUUCCUCCACCACAGCAGUGCAUCCCAGCCCUGGGUUCCUUCACACAGUCUCUACCUCUGCUCCUUUAGACAAUUUGCCCCUGGACGUUAGCCAGGGUCCUUCUGGUGGUGACAGUCUCAGGGUAGGGCCAGCCCCACUCCCAACCCCAACUUUAACCUCAGCAGGAGCCUCAACUUCAGCUCCCACAGUGAUCCUAGCAUCUCUCCCAGUAUCACCCCCAGCCUCAACUGCAGCCUCACCCUUAACCUCCCCAGCCCCAGGUACAGCAGCCCCAACCUCAACUUCAACAGCAACCCCAUCUCUAACAUUACCCCUCUGCCCAGCCCCGGUUACAGCCUUAACCACAACCUCGACACCAACCCCAUCCCCAACUCCAGCCACAGCCUUAACCCUAAUCUCAUCAGCAAACCCGCCCCCAACAUCACCCCCAGCUCUAGCCUCUGCCCCAGUUGCAGCCCAAGAUCCUGUAGCAGACACUGAGCCAAGGCCUAAGAAUACGGAAUCUAAUGUGGGCCUCUCCAAGAGCUCCCCAGAAAGACGAAUCUCAAAUAGCUGGGGCAAUUUAAUUACUAUGGUUCUUAGAAGCCACCCCUUCCCCAGGCAAGAAAAGGCCCAAGGUAGUGCCCCAAGGGCAGAUCCGGAGAGUCCUGCAGGGCCCAGCCCAUCCACAUACUCUGAAGAUAUACAACCAGGGUCCUCCUCUGAAGGCGCCAUCUUCAGCCUCCAGGACAAACACAGACCAGUCUUAGUCACAGCAGUAGGUUCAGAGAGCCUAGCUGAGGCUAGAUGUGAAACACAACCAGUGAGUUUAGAGACUAAUGCAUCUCUCACCCCGGACCCGAGAGGGGAUGAAACCAAGCAGAAGAGUCUAGACUUGCUGCCCCCGGCUGCAGAGCCUGUGGCUUCCCCGCAGGUCCCUGUUUCGGCACAGCCCGGUCCUGUACCGCCUACUUCUAUGAGGCAGGAUGCUCAGCCCACCCCUCAGCCUCGGCAACGGAGGAGGAAACGCAGCAUAGCUCAGAGCUCCGAACACAUACUGAUCCAGGAAGUACCCCAGCAGCCCCAGGGGCAGGUGCGAAAGGAGGGAGCCAGACCUACAGACUGCAGGGACAUCCUCACAGAGAAGCAGAAAGAGACCCAAAAGCUUAUGGCUUUUCUGCAGAAGCCUGGGAGUUGGGGAGUGGUGGAGGGGCCUCAUAAGUACUGCUCACAGACCUCGCAGCCUAGCAGCCUAGUGGCGCCGUGGCCCCCGAAGCUAGAUCUAGGGAGCUGCCUGGAGGUUUUGGCCUUCGCCCAGCAGCACGGAGAACUGGGCUUAGCCCAGGAGACCUAUGUCUUGAUGAGCAACAACUUACUGCAUGUUCUGGGAGACCCACACCUCUACCGACAGCUGAGUGGAGCAGACAGGGAGCGCAUCCUGAACCUGCGGACGUGCCAGGGCCAGACAGUGCUGGGGGUCCUCGUGCUACCCAGCCUUUAUCAGGUGAGCCGCUCGGGGCUCACGAGGGGCCCUCCCAGCGAGGAAGCUCCUGCAGCCAGGUCUGAGCACUUGCAUCUUCACACAUACCUCCAUGUAUUCAACCCACAAGAGAAUGUGUGGUGGCCCCUGACUCAAGUACCAGAGGAGGUCCCCCUUCGGGGCUGUGGCCUCUGCACUAUGCAUAACUAUCUGUUUCUGGCAGGCGGCAUCAGGGGUUCUGGUGCCAAGGCUGUCUGCUCCAACAAGGUGUUCUGCUACAACCCUCUGACCAAUAUUUGGAGCCAGAUUCGGCCCAUGCAGCAAGCCCGGGCCCAGCUCAAGCUGGUGGCCCUGGAUGGAAUGCUUUAUGCCAUUGGUGGCGAGUGCCUAUACAGCAUGGAGCGCUAUGACCCACGCACAGAUACCUGGACCUUGAGAGCAUCCCUCCCUGAGGGCACCUUUCCCGUGGCCCACGAGGCUGUGGUCUGCCGAGGAGAGAUCUACGUCACAGGGGGUCAUCUCUUUUACCGCCUGCUCAGAUACAGCCCCAUGAAAGACUCAUGGGAUGAGUGUCCCUACAGCGCCAGCCACCGACGCUCCAGUGAUAUGGUGGCGCUAGGGGGCUUCCUAUACCGCUUUGACUUGUUGCGGGGUGUGGGUGCUGCGGUGAUGCGCUACAACACAGUGACCGGCUCCUGGAGCCGGGCAGCCUCCCUGCCACUGUCUGACCCCGCCCCACUCCACUGCACGGUAUUGGGCAACACCAUUUACUGUCUCAACCACCAGGUCACGGCUACCUUCACAGUUUCGGAGGGGACCGCCCUGUUUCAGGCCAAGGAGCUGCAGCCCUUCCCACUGGGAAGUAAGGGGGUCCUCUAUCCGUUCACUCUGACUCUGCCCCCUAAGACCUGGUUGCAGACCACAAUCUGAGCGCUGGAAGGCAGCCAGAACCGUGUGGCUGCUCUGCAGGGACACCCUGCGCUGGGUGGGCCUGAGUGGACCUGGGGCAUGGGAAGAAGCCUACGGCCAGAACUGCUCUUGUGCCUAAAGCUUUCCCCAUCAGGUUAAGGGCUGGUAAUUAUGUUUGAAGUGAUAUCCCUUCUCUUUCCCUCCCCUUAGGCCCCUGGCUCCCUCAGUCCCUCCUGGAUCCCACUAUACCUUGCUGGUUUUGGCCCAGGCCCUCACCUGCUUAGGAUGUCUUAGUUUUAUCACAGCCACUUCUGUCUGUGGGACCCUUUGGUACUCACUAGAAACCUAUUUGAACUUCAUACGUUUCCCCAAGACGGAAGAAGAAGCAAAGAGCUCCUCAGGAAAUGUCGUCAUUCUGGGACUCUUGCUAUCCUGAGGCCAUCUGGGAGUCAGAGUUGACUCUGCUCCCGGGUCUGAAUGCCACUUAAAUAUCCUAUCUCCUGGACUGGACAAUCACUCUACAGCCCGCAGUCCCAGCCCAGACUGGCCCAGGACCACUUGGCACCUCGUGAGGAUCUCUUAAACUUGCUCCACUCCCAUACCGCUCUUACAAGCUCCCCUCUAGACAAGCCCCGUGUUCUACUCUAGUUUUUUGUUUACUCUACUUUUUGUUACUGGUAUGAACCAAGUCAAGGCAUUUAAUCCUGCCUGGACACCUGUCAUUCAGGAGGUCCACGGGGACAGGAUCACCAACGACCAUCUGGCUUGGUCCCUGGGGCAACCAUGUUGGAAGUGACAUGCUUCAUCCACCAAAAGCCCGCUUUAGGCAGGCAGACAAGUCUGAGUGCCACUGCCUGACCUUCAACCUGAUUUACCCUAAGUGGGCCAUUUUUUUCCUUAAAAAAAUUAUUCAAAAUACAAAAAGCAAUUUAGGGGCUGACGAGAUGAUUCAGUGUUUUAGAGAACUGGCUACUCUUCCAGAUGGCCCAGGUUUGAUUCCUAGAAUCCACACGUUGGCUCACAAGUAUCUGUAACUCCAGUCCCAGGGAAUCUUACACCCUCUCCUGGCCUCUGUGGGCACCGUUUGCAUGUGGUGCACAGACACGCAUUCAGGUGAAACACCCAUAUACAUAAA